AUGGGAAUAGCCGCCGUCCGGCAAUCAGUCACGGAUCAGGUAAUGCAAUUUGUUGAGCCAAGUCGGCAGUUCGUAAAAGACUCAAUUCGGCUGGUUAAAAGAUGCACCAAGCCCGACAGAAAAGAAUUCCAGAAGAUUGCCAUGGCCACAGCCAUAGGAUUUGCUAUCAUGGGAUUCACUGGAUUCUUUGUGAAACUGAUCCAUAUCCCUAUUAAUAACAUUAUUGUGGGUGGCUGAAUGCUUUCUCUUCGCGGGAACUAGGAGCAAAUGCGGGUGUGAGAAGCUUAUGAAGUAAAAAGUUGCCUGUAUACUUUGUGUUUUCCUUUCCUUUUUCCCUCCCCAAGAGGUUUUGUAUUUCUAAACUAAAAUAAUUUCAAAAUAAACAUUUUUCCC